AUGCGACUCGACCCGAACACUCCUCCGGUUUCAGCGGGUGGGAAACGUCUCUUCGUCACCAUCGGUGCGACUGCUCCGUUCAACAGCCUCAUCCGCGCGGUGCUCGCCCACGGCUUUCUCCAAGCCCUAACCGAUCACCACUUCACCGAGCUGCGCAUCCAGCACGGUGAUGGUGGAGCGCACAUUUUGCAGGAGGCCGACCUGUCCAACAUCAAAGAGCGAUAUGGACUGACGGUGACGGGCUUCGAUUUCAAGAAAGAGGGUCUGAACGGUGAGCUGGCUGCAUUGCAGAGCAAUGAUGUCGAGAAGGAGGGUGCAGUUGUAAGUCAUGCGGGCAGUGGAAGUGUCUUGGACGCAUUGCGUAUGAAUGUGCCGCUUGUCGUGGUGCCGAACGAAGAUUUACUGCACAACCACCAAGUGGAGUUGGCGGAAGUGCUGGAAAAGCAGAAAUACGUGGUGCAUGGCAAGCUCGGAGAUCUUGCCGCAGCGAUAGCACGGGUUGAGCAGCUGCGCCGGGCAGCGCGACAGUGGCCUCCUGUCACAAGCGGAGAGGAGAAGUAUCAGAAAGGCUUGAAGGGUGUUUUGGAUGAAGAAAUGGGCUGGGUGGACUAG